GCCCGCAUCGGUCGGUAUCAGUUGAGGAGAUUGUAGUUUCAGAAACACAUCUGACAGGGUAAACGUUUUUUUUUUUGUGAAGCGAAAAAAUAAAUUGAAAUGAAAAUUGCCAUUUUCGCGUUCGUCGCCUUCUGCCUGGUGAUAUCACUGGCUGUGGCAGCACCACAUCAUGAAGCUGCUGCGAAAGUGCAGAAGCGAAGCGACCAUGGACCAAAGCCGGAAGAGAGCCCAGCUCAGGAUACUGCGGCCGACGGAAAAGAUGACGCCGGUAACGACGAUGACGGCGACGACGAUGACGAUUCCUCCAGUGAGGAGGGACAUAACUGUCAUCAUCAUCAUCAUGAACAGGAAGGCAAUCAUGAACAGGGCCAAACAGGUGGAGAAGAGCACCCGAAACCGGAUCUGGAAGCUCCAGCCGAGCCCGAACACGAAGAAGAGAAGUGAAAAGUAGGUGUUCCGUAAAUAAAAUCGAUUUCUUUCUCGAGUGGGCUUGAAAUAUGUAGGCAAAAUAUGUAUAAGUAAUAUUAUAAUUGUUGGAAAGGCUGUGCCGGGCUUCGAUUGUGCUUCGGUGUGUGUUGUGCUUAAAUAAAGGUGUAUCAGUAAUUUGUUCGUUAA